GUCCGGCCAGGGGCGACGCGCGCCGCCGCCGCCGAGAGCACGUUUCGCGGCCCGGGGCUCCCUCUCCCGCGCCUGGGCUCGUCGCGCCAUGGGAGCCGCCCGCCCGCGGGGGCCCGGGCCGUGAACCGCGCCUCGUCCCCCUCCGAGCGCGGACCGCCAAGCCAUGCCAGCAUCGCCCCUUCCUGUGAGCUGCGGGCUGGCCGUGCCGCAGCCCUGAGUUAAUGCUGUAUCACCACAGAGAGCAACAAUGGGAGUAUGCAGUUUUCUAUUGAAAAGUUCUCUCAAGAGCUCAUGAUUUUUUUCCAUCUCUCGUCUUAACAUUUCUACUACUCUGCAGACAUGGCUCACCACGCGAGGCCUUCCAGAUUGGUCAAAAAGGAAGAGUUAGGCAAAAGGAAAACUAACCAGGGCAAAAAGAAAUCUAGCCAAGUGAGAAAGAAAACCACAAAGACUUCCACAAAAGCUGUUAGUUCUGGAAAAGGCAAAAAGCCAACACAAGAAAAAGAUGUUAAGAAAAAACAGCAAGAAAAGAAACCAAUCAUGAGCUCUUCAGGUAGACUUCUCAGGAGCAGUGUAACCAGAACCUUGUCUGGAGCAUCUUGGGUGAGUUUGGAGAAAGCUGACAAUAUCCUCUUUCAUAACCAGGAUUCUUUCAACUUCAAUGGCUUUACAAUGUCUCUCCGUAACAGAUCAUUUUCCCGUAGAUUGUCCCAAACUCCAACAAUUGCAAAACCCAGGAAAGCUGCAGCACAAAAAAGGCUAGAAACAAAGGAAAAACAUGAACAAGAAGCCCUGGCAGUAGCAGAAGAAAAAAACGUUGAAGCAGGCAAAAGAAUUUUGAAAGAAGAUUUAGCACAAAAUGAGUUAGCUCCUCUGCCUGUAGAAGAUACUCCAUGUAGUGUAGGCGAAGAGCCUCCUACCACAUGCACCAGUCAGGAGAAAGAGGUAGAAAUACCUGAAACAAAUGACUCCAUUCCAAGCAGUCAGGUAACAGAUGACGAUACAGAAGCAUCAAAGGUGAAAUACAAGCAUGAAGACCCGCCCAGCGAGCAGACACCCAGCGAUCUUGAUACGGGUAGUUUGGCUGAAGCAUUUGUUGAAGAUGCUGCGCUUGUGCUUCCAUCUUCUCCUUCUGACUCCAUAAUCACCUCUGAAUCGAACUCGAAGGUGUGUGCAGAGACUCCCUUCGAUCUGGUGCCUAACAGUAAAGAACCUGAUUCCAGUUCUGUCGAUACCUCAGACCUCAGCUCAGCAGUACUGUUGGAAGAGUCGGUCCCACUUGCCAAAUCUCACAUCGAAGCAGAGUCGGACCUGGUGCUACCUAGUGAAGAACAAGACUCGAAUUCUGUACCUAUAGUUACCUCUGAGUUUAACUCACCAGAACAUUUAUUAGAAGAUGCAAGCUCACUUGCAGACUCCUGCUUGAAGGCAGGCUGGGAUUUAGAGUCUGAGAAUAAAGACGUUGCUUCAAAUUCCAGCUCUGUAGCUGCCACGGAAUCAAAUUCACUUUUACAUUUUGAAGGUGCAAGCUCACUUGCAGUCUCCUGCUUGAAGGCAGGCUGGGAUUUAGAGUCUGAGAAUAAAGACGUUGCUUCAAAUUCCAGCUCUGUAGCUGCCACGGAAUCAAAUUCACUUUUACAUUUUGAAGGUGCAAGCUCACUUGCGGAAUCCGACAUGAAAGUGGUUGUGGAUUUUGUACCUGUUCACAAAGAACUGGACUCAAACUUGGAUUUGAACUGUACAAGAGAGAAUUCAGAAUCUGACUCAAAAAACAUAUUUACAGUAUGUGAACCGGUUUCCAAUACCUCUUUAAACAAUAUUGAAGUGGAGGACAUUGAACAGCUUGUUAAAUGUAUUGAUGCAGAGACAUUAAUUUUGAAUUCAGGUUAUGUCUCCACUUUAUCUCCAGAUUUAGAAAAAAGCACAGUCGAUAAAAUCUCUGGUGAAAGCUCUGGACAAUUCUCUGAAGGUUUUGUUUUGGAGUUGCCUUCAAGCACGGAAAUCUCUUCUCUUGCCUCAGAAAAAGCCAUAAAUGCAGAUUUGCCAGCUGACUCAAGACUGCAGCAUAAUGAUUAUUCAUCACAGCUGGGAAGAGUCGGAGUAAGCUUGAAUUUGGUUCAGGACAACGUGAGAGACAGCACUGAAGCAGUUGAGGCCUCAGGGCCAUCCUCUCUUAAAAAUCCAGCUGGUGAUUACCCUGUUCCAUAUUCAUCUCUGCUCCCUAUGCUAGAGAAAAAGAAACGAAGGCGUUGUGGAGUCUGUGAGCCCUGCCUGCGGAAAACAAAUUGUGAAGAAUGCAGCUGUUGCAGGAAACGCAAAACUAGUCACCGGAUAUGUAAAAAGAGAAAAUGUGAAGAACUGAAAAAGCCACCACCGCCAAUCACACUACCUUUUGAGGUUCUAACUGAAAACAAAAGGCCUCAGAGGAGGAAGCAAAGAGUUUUAAAGGCGAAUUUAGAAAACAAACCAGUAAAUGGCCGCAGACCAGAACUCAUGGAAUGCAGUAUAUGUGGUCAUGGUGAAAAAUACAGGGUGAAAACAAACCAAACAGUACCCAUCGAAAAUGUGCAGUCUAAGGAGAAAGAAAGAAUGACAGGCUUAGAAGCAGAGAAGUGGGCACAUAACGAGAAGCCAUCUUUUGGUGUCCAUGUCAACGGAGAUAUCCAUGGAACUGUGACAGGCAACGAACACUUGAAAAACGUUGAAGACAGUGAAAGAGCAGUCUCUCCCAGUCGGUUAGCUGACCCAAAAAAAUCAUUUGCACAGGCCAUCAAAAAUGGUAUAAAAACCCUACAUUAUUCACCAUCGGAAGCAGUCGCUUCACUGAAAAAAGUAUCUGUGGAGGAAAGGACAGAAUUGACAAGCAAUUCCCACAUGCAAUGGAUGAAGGGUACCAAUCUGAAUAACAUAGUAAACACUCUGACAACUGGUGUUGGCUGUGUUCACCCAGAAAGACAAGGAAAUGUUUUAAUAAAAGAGGAAAACUGCACUUGCAGCAUCUUCGAGGGUUCCGAUAAGUCAAUUUUGCAGACGGGUUCCAUUUCAGAUCUGCAAGAAAGCUUGUGUUGUCCUCCACUGCCUGAAGAGGAAGUGCAUGUGGGGAAGGAUGGCUUUAAAGUACCUAACGCAGAGACACAGCAUGAGGAUUCUUCGCUCCAGCCGACUUUCUUGUCCCUGAUUAAAACCAGGAAUUUAACUGUAGAGCAGGUUGUAGCUAUUGAAGCUUUAACACAGUUAUCUGAAGCCCCUUUAGAAACAACUUCACCAGCUAAAACUGAAAGUGCUCACCGUACCGAAGAAACAACUUCCAACUUGCUCCAUAGUUACAAAAGGGAUAUCUCAUCCUCCUUCACAUCUUCUGCAUUAAAAGAAAUCAAAGACACUUACUUACAGAAUGAGCAACAGCUCUUGGCUCACUGCGCUCGCUCACAGAAGCAGCUCCCUAAUAAGGCAGUGUUAUACAAUGGCCAAAGUUCAAUUUCGGAAUUGCGUGAUAAGCCUGCCAAUCUGACUGGUGAGAUGUAUAAGCUACAGUUAUCCUCAAGAGAUACCAAAACUUUAUCUGACCUAACAUCUAAUGCAAAAUCAUUUUCAGGAUAUACUACCAAGAAAAAUUAUACUCAUGAUCCGGUGACCCUUGCACGGUAUUGCAAUGCUUCACAUAAUGUCCAGCAAACAAGUAACAACUUGGAAACUCUUGGCCAGUUAGAGCAAAAGCCACCCUGUAAUGAUUUGAACUUGGAAGCUAGUUCUUUGGUUAAAGAAGGAGGAAUUCACAGCCAGGAUGAAGAGGAUGUAGCUACACAGCUAACUCAACUUGCAGCGCUCAUUGAAUCAAACCAGACAAAUCCAGAGCAGAAGAAUGACAUAAAGGCAUCACUGCUUAACCUAAUAUCACACGAGAGGCAGCCAAAAUAUAACCAAGAUGUGUUGCAGAAAAAAGAAUCUGUAUUUUUUAGGCAUAAUUAUAGUUCUUUACUGUUAAAGCAAAAGCAACCAACAAACAAAAAAGGAAAUGCUGCACCAUGGAAACCAAGACACAAAAAGAAGCCUCAAGAAGCACGCUAUCAACAAAAUAAUCAAAACCAGCUAGAGCUGCUGUCAUGCCAGCAUAGUGAGUUACAGGACAUUUGGAUAUCAUCAAAACUGCACAAGUUUGGUCAAACCAUGCCACAGGACUCCAGAAUCGCUCUGUCUGAAAAAAAAUCUCCGAGAACCAAAGUACAGAGAGCACUGAAUCAAAAUACUUUAGCAUCACAAGAAAAAACUAGAUUAUUUCUCCCGCAAACACAGAUAAAAUUCCAUAGAUGUUUACCUGAGGUACCGCAAGAGAAAAAAAAAGACAGGUCGUUUGGCUGUGAAGUGGUGAAUGAGCAAAUCAAAACUGCAGGCUCUGGUGACCCACUAGGCACUGAUCCACUGAAAAACGAAGUUGUUGCAUGUAACCAACAUAGCGACCUGUCCUCCCGCAAUCCUCUGGCUGUUUCCCAGUUGAAAACAGCAUCCUUAUUGAACAGACCAAGUGAAAACCUACCGAUGUUUACAGAAAAAUGUAAUUCUCAGGUACAGCAAACAGCGAAUGUCAGUCAGAUGCAUCCUUUGCCUCAAACUUUUAAUCAGUCUAACCUGAGAGCUAAUGAAAUGCAUAGUGAAGACAAAGCCUAUCUUCAGCAGGGUGCUGUCGAACAACAAGUAGAUCCGAAGUUGCAGGUGCUGCCUGUUCCCUGUGGUGGGGCCCAGGUACCAGGUGCUGUUGAAGCUCUCAGGAAUAUGGAGUGUGCGGGCAAAGUGACUGUUCUGACGUCAACCAGUUUGGGUACUGACCACCCACAGAGCACAGGCGACUCAGGGUGUUCUCCAGCAAAAAACACGCUCAGCAGCUUCCUUGAAUCACCGAUGAAGUUUCUUGAUACGCCUACAAAAAAUUUAAUAGAUACACCUACAAAAAAAGGACAAUCUGAAUUGCCAACUUGUGACUGUGUUGAGCAAAUUAUAGAGAAAGAUGAAGGCCCAUAUUACACACACCUCGGGACAGGACCAAGUGUGGCUGCUGUGAGAGAAAUAAUGGAGAACAGGUAUGGAGCAAAAGGAAGCGCUGUAAGAAUAGAGGUAGUGGUUUAUACAGGAAAGGAAGGAAAAAGCUCUCAGGGGUGUCCAAUUGCCAAGUGGGUGAUACGAAGAAGUAGUGAUGAGGAAAAGUUGCUGUGCUUGGUACGUCAACGUGCAGGACACCACUGUCAAACCGCCGUCAUUGUGAUUCUCAUACUGGCCUGGGAAGGGAUCCCUCAUCUCCUGGCUGAUACGCUGUACAAAGAACUGACGCAGAGUCUCAGAAAAUACGGCUGUCCCACCAGCCGUAGAUGUGCGUUAAAUGAAGACCGAACCUGUGCAUGUCAGGGACUUGAUCCAGAAACUUGUGGAGCAUCAUUCUCAUUUGGCUGUUCAUGGAGUAUGUAUUUCAAUGGCUGUAAGUUUGCCAGAAGCAAAAACCCGAGGAAAUUCAGGCUUCUCACUGAUGACCCUAAACAAGAGGAACUUCUUGAAAAUAAUUUGCAAACUUUAGCUACUGAUGUGGCUCCGGUCUAUAAAAAGCUUGCCCCUGAAGCCUUCCAGAACCAGGUGGAAAAUGAGCACAUGGGCCCGGACUGUCGGCUUGGAUCCAAGGACGGUAGGCCUUUCUCUGGUGUAACAGCUUGCAUAGAUUUCUGUGCCCAUGCCCAUAAGGACACACACAACAUGCACAAUGGAAGCACUGUGGUCUGUACGUUAACAAAGGAAGAUAACCGGAGAGUGGGGGUGAUUCCGAGUGAUGAACAGCUCCAUGUGUUACCUCUGUACAAAAUUUCACAGACAGAUGAAUUCGGCACCGAAGAGGGACUGGAAGCUAAGAUAAAAGCCGGAGCCAUACAGGUGCUCACAGCGUUUCCCAGAGAAGUACGAAUGUUAGCUGAGCCUCUCAGAGCUACAAAGAAAAAGAAACCAGACACAAGGAGGACCCCAACAGAAAAGCAGCUGUUAAUAGAUAAAAAAUAUUCAACACCAGUAAAGCUGAAAACUGAAGCCCCAGAAAAUCUUGGCAACACUUUGCAUUGUUUAGGGAACAAAACAGAUGCUUUAAAACCUGGAAUAAAAACGGAGACUUCCGAUCACCUCUAUGCCAUGAAACAUACUUCAAACACUACUAAAAAUUGCUCUUUAUUAAAACAGUAUACGGCUUCCUCCCCUUUUAAGGUGGAUAGUUUACAUCCUUAUUCAUCUUUAGCACAUAAGCCUGGCAUAACAGCAGUGACUAAUAUUCAACAAGAUUUUUCAGUUCCCUACGGGUAUUUUGAAUGCAGUAGUAAGCAACCUCAUGUGACACCUUAUGUUAAUUGUAAGAACUUUGAUGUGUCGGUCAAAGAUUAUACUGGAAUUUUGCUGAAUGAUAAGAUGAAUGGUGUGCCACCGAUUCUUCCAGAGGUCACUGCUCCAGGCCCCCCAGCCCAUAAAGACCCCCUGCCCACUAUACUUGAACAUCAGCCAGACAAACAGAAUUGUCAGCUUCAGUUAGACAAUUCUCCUUCUUCACAGAUGAUCAGCUCUUGUGAUUUGUCAGUACCGCUAAGCUCUCCGGCAAAGGAUGCAGUUGGAAAUGAAGCUGACUGUUCCCAUGGAUGCCCAAUGGAAAAGGGCAGCUCCCAUCGAGAACAGAUGUGUGAUUUUGACUGUGUUGAUGAAAAGCAAAACAGUGCACUGGGACAACCGACUGAUUCUGAAGAAAAAGCUGAGGAAAUGUGGUCAGACAGCGAGCACAAUUUUUUGGAUGAUGACAUUGGCGGGGUUGCUGUGGCACCUUCUCAUGGUUCUAUCUUAAUUGAAUGUGCAAGACGUGAACUCCAUGCUACCACACCUAUUAAAAAACCCAACCGCAAUCAUCCCACGAGAAUCUCUUUAGUUUUCUACCAACACAAAAAUUUAAAUGAGCCAAAACAUGGUUUAGCCAUGUGGGAAGCAAAGAUGGCUGAGAGGGCGAAAGAAAAAGAAAAAGAAGCAGAAAGAUUAGGAGCGGAGAAUACUGAACUAAACUCUAGCAGCAGGAAAACAAAGCAAGCAAGUGAAAACAGAGAUAUUUUUUAUGAAGACAAUGAGUUCAACCAAAUUCCAUCACGCAGAGCAUUAACAGUAACCAAGGAUAACGUAAUAACAGUAUCUUCUUAUGCCCUUACACGAGUCGCAGGGCCUUACAACCAUUGGGCAUAGGGUAUAGUAUCAAAUGCCUCCUCUUGGUGCAGUGUUACACAGUGUUUCUUUAAGGUGCUGUUAAAGAACAAGUCUCGUGUCGUUUACUAUUUGCUCAUCUCAACCAUUUCAAGGCUGAGGUAAAAAAAAGGGGGGGGGAUUUCUUCUUAAACUGUGACUUUAACAUUUGGUGGUGCUCAAGCACAUUUUAAGCAAAAAAAAAAAAAAAGAAAAAAGUUGUAUAGUUUUAAUACAUUCUAAAAAAGAUUUUGUUUAGGUUAUUAACCUUGAUUGAAUCAUUCAGUUUAUUACCUUUAGGAAUUUAUAUUUUGGUGCUUUAAAUCAAGUCUGUUUACUACAAAAAUCAUUUAUAGGGAUUUUAACAGGUUCACAUUUUAUGGUGUUAAAUCAAGUUAUACAGUAAUAGCUCUACACAGCUCUUGGUGCUUAACCACAUCAAACAGUUAAAAAUAAAUAAGCUGAAUUAUUACUUCAUGGUGCCAUUGCUUUAACAACUUCCAACCAUUGCUAUAUAGUCCAAAUUACAGAUAAAUCUUUUAGAAAACCAAUGAAUUUUUUUUCUCUAGAUUUGUCAUUAUGUAUGAAAUGAAGUUAUUGGUAAUGAUGGCUGGAAGUUGUUUUUAAGCUGUAAAUAUAUAUUUUAAAAGCACUUUCUAUUUUUAAAAUUAACUUGAAAUAGUAUAGUAUAAGGAUCAUAUUGUUUAAGGUUUGUGCAUACUCUACAGAAGAAAUCAUUUUAUUCUUGCUGUGUAGAGUUCCAUAUUGUUACAGCUGCAGUAUGUAUGCUAAUAGCAUAUGUGAUUGUUUUUAGACUUGCCCUUUUUCAUCGAAGAUUUUAUGUUGCAUAUAAACAACAGUUAUAAAAUACAGAAACAUUUUAUUAUUUUCAAGAGUGUACAAACAUGAAAUUAGGAGACGUCUUGUCAAUACGUGUGUUGCUAUUGGGAGUUAUGAAUAUUAUUUGGGUUUUUAAAGGCAGCGUUUGUUAUGAUUUCUUUGAGCAAUAAGCGCGUAAGUCUCACUCAUUUGGAGCAUUCUAAGUUAACACGACAACCAAAUGUUCCUAAUGCCUCAGGGGUAGGAUUGUUUUGGGAUAAAAAAAAUACCCCCUAGAGUUGCCUUAUUCUAUUCUGGGAAAAAAAAAACCACAAUAAUUUUGGGAAAAUACAAAAGAAGUGUUGGAAAAGUAUGAAAUUUCUAAUAUUUAACAGCAAAUUUUUCAUUAAGAAUAACCUAUCUGUAAUAUUCACCAGCUUUCUAAGUUCGGUUUUUUACAAAAAUGUUUUGUAAAUUUUUUAAGUGAUUUAUACAUUUCAUGUAGAAAGGGUUGUAUUCUUCCUUCCCAACAUAUGAAAUCUAUGUUCUCCAUUUCUGUUGAAAAAGUGACAUUAUCAUGAAAUGAGUAUUUGCUAAACCAGAGGAAAUCCAGACACUCCAUUGCUUUUAAAUACUGUAGCAUCCCACUCUUCUUUCUGAUUCUCCUCUCCUAUGUAUUUCUUUUUUUAAACUUAUUUAUUUAAACAAAUUACCAAAUGACAAUGUUAGCUAAGGACCGACCUCAUCCUGCAACUUCUUCCAUAAGAACAGCUCUGCGUAGCCAUACCUGCCCAGUCAGAGCCAGGAGGACUGCUCAAGCCAGGACUCCUCUUUCUCUCUCCUCUCUUUCUCUCCCUCGUGACAGAGAGCUGCAGGAUCAGGCCCCAGAGAUGAAGCUGUACCUUAAUUCUGCCUCGGAGUCCUCCCCGGCUGGGUAACCUGUAGGUAUAACGAGGUCAGAGAUUUCCAGUGCGAAAAUAUCCUAAUAAUAUACUUGAUAACAUUGUAAAGUAGUGGUGCUGUAACAGAGGAAUAUGAAUUAUCUAGAUCUGCUUUAUUUAAAACCUAGACAAGGUGCUUUUCCUUGAAAAGUUGAACUGUAAGCGCUAUAUUUACAGUUUUGGUACGAAAAGUACAUCAAUUGUAUUUUUAACACAUAGUGCCAGUUAGGACCUUGGUGCUACAAAUACUUAAAUGCGGCUGUAGAUCAAUGAGACUAUUCUCCUGUAUAAAUGUAUACACAUGCAGUGCUUGCAGGAGCAAGGUCUAAAGUAGCAAUCACUAUGUAACAACCUUGGGUUCAAUUCUACAGAUUCCUGUUGAAGUUAACAAAAAUGUUGAUGGCAGAGGAUGGCUGAUUUGAACCCAUUCUUUGUAUCUUACCUAUUUUAAGUAAAAUUUGUAAAAACCGGGUAUGCUGCAAAUUUUAGUUCAAAGCUUAAUAUUAGCUCAAAUAGAGGAUAUGAAGGGAUUGUAAAUAAUAAUAAAACAAAAAUAUUACGCCAUCAUUUUGUACCAGCAGUUUUAUGCUUCUUGACUAUGUAAUAUACAGUAUACAUCAAAUCAUUAUGGUAUUUUGUGUGCCUUAGAUUUCCAUUUUAAAACUUGUAUAUUUUUGGUGAGCCGAAGAUUAGUAAGAAUUCCAGCUGUCCAUACAGUAAGUAGUACUGUACGUUCUCUAGCUGUUCCAUUCCUGUAUUUGCUAUCUGAAAACCCUUGUCAGACACCACAAUCCACCAUUUACAGAAAAGAUUAGUUUAUUGGUUUCACUGAUAGUGCUGAUAGCUUUAGUUUGUAUACAUGCAAAUGGAAACAAAACAUUUAUCAUUCCGUGCUCCCAUGUGAAUAACAAUUUUUCUACACAAAAUUAGUAAGUUACAGAGCCAUUUCUUUACCUUCGAAAAUGUUCAGAUUAUUGAAGUGGAUCAUUUUUACUUGAACUUUCCCCUAUAAAUUCCCAUGUUUAACUUACAUAUGACUGGAAACUUCAAGGUAAAAAUGUUCUAUUGAAAAAGCAACAGCUUCCCUCAAAGAAGUGAGAAACUGAAAGGUGGACCUAGAAGGAUACCUCCAAACAUAGCCCCAGCAAGUCGCUGCACAAGUCAGUCCAGGUCUACCUUCUUUGAAAUGGCAAUUUUAACAGAGAAAAGUAUAUCUGAAUGUAAUAGUUAAUGCUAUUAACUGAUAGGUGCUAGAAGUCAGUUACUAUUUUAUUAAGAUUACUUACCUGAGAAAAAUGUAUCAUCUAUACAAUAAAAUACCAUUCGCGGUGCUCUUUCCUUGACUGUCUAUGGCGUAAUUACUUUUUCAGCGUGUACCUAACAGGCAGGUUAGCUGGCCACUUUUACUUCCUGCUGUGGCACACAGCAGGUUGUGAUUUGAGAAGCUAGUAUUUUCUGUUGCUGUACUGCAGCAUAGAAAAUGCAACUAUUUACUGGUUUUACAACUGUGUGCUAGUUAUAGUAACAUUUCAGAAUAUUUAUCAGCCUUGUACACCAAUUAUGUUGUUUGGAGUAAGGUUAUCAGUUAUAACAGUUAUUUGUCUCUCCAAAAUUUGCAAAUCCGUGGGUGUAUUGCUUUCCUUUGCAGCCCACAAAACCACUUGUAAUUUGCGCUUACCCCUUAAUAAAUUCCUUCCAGUAUGGCCAGAUCAGGAGCUGGAUCUAAAAUUAAGGUAGCUGGCUACAUCAGACCGGCAUAUUUUACUUGGUUUCCAACAGCUGGCACUGUGUUCUUGGUGAAAAACCAGAAAAUGGAUUCAGGUGUGGGCUGGUGGCGGGGUGGGGUUGUCUUUUGAUCCUUUUUCACAGCACACUAGCAAAACCUGUCGUAAUGCAACAUGGGACACCUCUUGACUUCCCAGAAGAAAUGUGUCUCAUCCCCUUCUCCACUGGGUCCAGUACCACCACUCCACCUUCACUGUGGAGGGAAGGUGUAGCACUUCCUGCAGGAGCCAGUUCUGUUUGACUCGCUCAGUCCCUGUUGGAGUUACUGCAGUCAUGCCCAAUUAAAUAGUGAACUUUUACUCCUGCAGUUUCUCUGCGCUUACUGAUUUGUAACAUGCUAUUGUAUUACAGAAAAUAGAAAAAAUUAUUUCUAUAAAUAUUUUAGUCACAAGAUCCAAAAAGCCUUUUAAGAACUUACAAAUACUUGUCACUUUCUAGCUGUAACAGUUGUAUUCAGAUUUUUUUUUUUAUGGACUUUCUAAGCUAACUUUUACUUAGGAGUAACUGCUGUUAGAAGUCCUUAUCUUACCGAUGACAGUGCUUCUCUAUACUUAGAACAGGAAAUAACUGUAGUAGCUUAAGCAAUGUUUUAUAUUAAGCAUGGGUAAGUGACAACUUCUGUAGUACUUAAGAUCAUUUGUAACAUACAACUGUUUGGGGAUUUUUAAAGACCUUUUAAUAUCAUUGCAGUAUUACGCUAAUUUUGGUGGGCUAAAUUUGGGUCCUGUUUACAGUGCUGCAGCCCCAUUGACUGCAAUGUGCUCAUUCAUCAAGCUCUCAUGCCACUUUCAUAUUUAACUGGAUGGAUAUGGAGAACAGUUGACCAAAGUCUGUGCUGACUCAGACCCUUGCAACCCUACAACGAAUAGGUUUUGUGAGGACAGAUGGAGAUUUGGAAUAAACAUUGUACUUCUGGUUAAACACAGAGGUUAUGUUUGUAGCAUGAGAAGUGAUUCAAGGUCUGUAGAGAGACUAAUGCCUUCACCUCAAGUUUCAGGCAUGCAGGCAGGUCUAUUUCAGACCACCUUCAGGCUUAUGCUCUCGACAGCUUUUUUUGAUGUUUCUUAUCUGAUAGGUUGUUCAAAGAGAUUUAAUAAAACUGCAGUUUCAUGGGUUUGUAUUUAAAAUGUAAGGUCAGUCUUGCCCUUUCACUUCCCAUGAAAUUCCUCUCGUGAAAUUAGCUCCUUUUAUCAAGCAGUCAACAGCUUUGUAAUCCAUUUUUAUAUAUACAUAUAUAUACACACACACAUGUAUAAUUUUUCUCUUUUUUCCACAGAAAAUUUCUACCUGUAAUUUCUAGGUUAACAGGAGGAAGUAACUGUGCCAUCAGAUAUAUGAAAAACUUUGAUAUAUUCAGAUAUAUGAAAAAUUCCAUGUCCACUGCCACACUUUAUGUACAUUAACAGCAAUUACAUUCAGGCAGUGUGGAACAAACUAUUUCAGGUCUGUUGUGGUUGCUGAAAUUCAGACGAGGGUCUCUGUGACACAUCUUCCAUAAAAUAGUGUUUUAUUUCUUGUGUGAAAGGUGCCUGCCCACUGUGACCCGUGGUGCUGUCUAUGAUCUGAUCUUAAAUAACACAGUUAGAGAUGAGGAACAGUCCAAUCGCAUUUGGAAAUUCUGGCCGGCUUCUUUUUAUCAGGUGUCAAUCUGACUUUCAGGAGGAAGCGUAGCAGGAAUAUCUUUCCGUGAAAUUAAACUGUAGAGAAAGUUGCUAUUGAUGAUGGGGACACCAUGGUGCUGCACUGCAAUGUCUGUGUUACUGCAUUGUUUCUAACCAGCAAAGAUGUGUCAUCCUGUCACACAGCUGUGGAUAUACGUACAAAUCUUUCCACAGUUCCUCUGGAGACAGUGAUCUCUCCUUUGUUCUCUGCCUGUGUAUAAUGGUUUAUGGAAAAAAACAAAACCAAAAACAGAGAGGAGGGAGACAGUUGGUCACCCUUUCUUUAAUCUGUGUAGACGAACAAGGUAGUGAGCACUGCUGUCAUCACCAGUCUGCUGCUCCGUCCUAUGACUGAGAUAGAGAAUGUGGAAAGCUGAUGGGAUGCAUGGCAUGAAUAAGGCAUGGCCAAAGCUGUGAAGGUACAGUUAGCUGUUGAGACAGCCUUCCCUGUACGCAUGUUGUAGUUGCCAGGGUACUUCUUUAUAUUGACACUAUUUUUGGUACAUCUAACUUUAAAUUUGUAAGCUUUUUUAUUUAGUCUGUGACACACUUCUCUUCUCCUUUAAACAGAGUGGCCACUGUGAAAAGUCGUGAGGAUGUGGCUACUUAGUGGAACAGUACAGAAACUGGCUACAGUGUCUUCUGUGUGCUGCUCCAGUGUGUUGCUGCAACAUUAUAAUAACAUAAAGGAGAGAGUUUUAUUUGAGGUUCUCUCAAAGACCAAGGAUUUCUAAUAGUAGUAUCUAAUCAGGCACCAGUGUACAUAUGGAUCACUUCUUGUAAAGAGCAGUUGAAAAUAUAUUUUGUUUAUUACUUCCCUAUUAAAACAUUUUUGUUUUCAGAGGAGUGAGCAAAACUUUUUAUUUAAUACUGUCAUUUACAUACUCGACUAAAUUGUUAAGACUUAAUUCUACAUAAUGUUAUACUGUCUCCCAAAAGAACACUUCGACAAGUGUUGAUUAGUAGGUAUUGCUUUCUACUCUGUACCAAUGACAUCGAAUACUACAGCCCCCUUUCUCAUUCCACGGUCUCUACGAAUUGUCUGCUGUGGUUAGCUUAGCUAUUUUCACAGUCAGCGCUAGAUCCCAUUGUAACCUGCUGCUGAAUGCUUUCAAUGCUUGUAGCUACUCCAGAAGUUCUUCCUAUCCCUCUGCAGAUCUGCUUUGGUACUCAGCAUUAGCAGUAUAGCCGUUAGCCUACUUGUGAACUGCCCACGCACACUGUCGCUGCUUUGUAUGUAAAUCAGCCAAUCUUCAUCUCAGGAAUAUUUUAAGAAUUUAUUCGCCUUGUGACUCUUUCAAAAUUGAUUUCUUUCAGUCAUCUUUUAUUCUAUAUAUGACAGGUCUAGGGGUUUUUUUUACUUCAUGUUCUCUUGUAGGGAAUUAGAAUAUUGCAAAGUAAUCAGUUUUCCAGUUAACUUUCAGACUUCUUGAUGUAAUUGGCACUCUCUGUUCUUAUAUCCGCAAGUAACCCAAUAAAAGAGACUUUGGAAGACUAGAAAACUGCUCACCCCCUGAGAAGGGAAAGUCAUCCCUUCUCGGAGUACAAGAUUUUUGCUUCUGUUGCUAGCAUCUCUGUGGAAUGUCCUCUUUUCUUUUGAGUUACUGUACAAGCUGUGCUCAAAUCUUGACAUAAGACAGAUGCUGCAGACCCCGCACAAUUACAAGAGCUGGAGUGUUUCUUUACAUCUUCUGGUUAUAUCUCUGUGCAGAGAUCAGUCAUAGUCCUUGUGAGAAACCCAGGUAUUGUGUAAGUAAAAUGCCUUAACUAUCAUAGGACUGCUUGGAAAAAGAGUAGAACAAUGGAUUAUUUUUUUUUUGUUCUUCCUCUGUAGCAGCAAGCGGAAUUGAUUGAGCUUGAGCAGAAAAUAAUUAAGUAGCUACUGUCUUUCAUUAAAAGGUACAGGAGUGUCAGCAUCACUGUUUUCCUCUUUCUGAGACAUAAAGACUUUAGGAUCCUUUUUUUUUUUUGUCUAGUUCCCUGGUUCAUCAUCCCAACAUUGUUUGCAGUUUUUAAGCA